AUGACUGUCAUGAUUGAACAAAUGAAGAUGAGGAUGAAGGUAUUUAUCAUCGUAUGCAGCAGCCUUUGUUUCACUUUUACUGGAGCCUCAGAAAUAGAGCGGCGGCUCCAUCAAAAGCUGUUUGAGAACUACAACAUGAAAGUCAGACCAGCUCCUUACUGGGAGGAGAAGGUGAUGGUUCGAGUGGGGAUGACCCUCUCUCAGCUCGUCAGCCUGAACGAGAAGAACGAAGAGAUGACGACCAACGUGUUCAUGAACCUGGCAUGGAUAGACUACAGGUUGUCAUGGAACCCAAAGGACUAUGACGACAUUGAAGUUUUGAGGAUUCCUCCCAACAAGGUGUGGCGUCCUGACAUCUACCUCAUAAACAAUAAUGACGGUCAGUUUGACGUGGCUCUGUACGUCAACGUCUUGGUCUACAGUGAUGGGACAGUCAACUGGCUUCCACCAGCCAUCUACCGCAGCUCCUGCUCUAUAGAGGUGUCGUACUUCCCAUUUGACUGGCAGAACUGCAGCAUGGUUUUCCGCUCGUACACCUAUGACGCCUCUGAGGUGGAACUGCAGUACUUUCUGGAUGAUGAGGGCAAAGAGAUUCAAGAGAUUGUUAUAGAUGAGAACGCUUUCACUGAAAACGGAGAAUGGGCCAUCUGUCACAAACCCUCCAGAAAGAACAUUAAGGAGGACCUGUAUGAGGACAUCACCUUCUACCUCAUCAUACAGAGGAAGCCUCUUUUCUACAUCGUCAACAUCAUCGUGCCCUGCAUCCUCACCAGCGUGUUGGCUAUAUUUGUCUUCUACUUGCCUCCUGGAGCAGGAGAGAAGAUGACUCUCUCCAUUUCCGUCCUCAUCGCUCUGACUGUUUUCAUGCUUCUGCUGGCUGACAGGGUCCCAGAGACUUCCCUUGGCAUCCCAAUUAUUGUCAACUACGUCAUGUUCACCAUGAUUCUGGUCACUUUCUCUGUCAUCCUAAGCGUAGUUGUCCUCAAUCUGCACCACAGAACGCCCAGCACACAUAUCAUGCCAAACUGGGUUCGAAAGGUAUUCAUUCACUUCCUGCCCAAGUACAUCGGCAUGGAGAGGCCAAACCCAGAGGAGCCUCUGUUGGAGGAGGAGUCUAGUGAUGACUCGCCCCUCCGAAGCUUCAAUGGCAGGCAGCCUGGAGGAGAGUACUUCUUUCGAAAGAUUAACCCUGAUCUCGUCAUACCCUGGAGAGGCAGAUGUGAGAGCACAGUGCAGCUCCAGCGGCUCCCGGACACUGACAGCUACUGUCUGAUCCUCCCUCCCAACCUGAAGUCAGCCAUCUCUGCCGUGACAUACAUGGCCGAGCAGCUGAAGAAGCAGGACACGGGUGACACAAUGACAGGGGACUGGCAGUUCAUCGCCCUGGUGGUGGACCGUCUCUUCCUGUGGUUGUUUGUCAUCAUCACCACUCUGGGCACCCUGGCCAUGUUCUUGGACGCCAGUUUCAACUAUACACCCGACGACCCCUUCCCUUAG